CUCUCCCACGGACACUGUGCAAAAUCAGCAAGUAGACGCGGAACCGGGAGAAGGGGAGCGCAGCGGGCAUUAAUAGGUAGAGGAGAGGGCGGAUGAGUGCUGCCCUUCAUAAUUUAACCUCACUUUAACAUCGUCUCGAUCCCGUUGUUUAUUGUUUUGUCGAUCAUACCGCGAUAGACACACAGCCGCUGUGAAAAUGGCGCAGCCAGAAAGCAAGAAGAUAUUCUUUGAGAACCUGUCGGGAGCGGGGAAAGCCAUCGCCGUGCUGACCAGUGGAGGGGAUGCUCAAGGGAUGAAUGCUGCCGUACGUGCCGUGGUCCGGAUGGGGUUAUAUGUGGGAGCAAAAGUUUAUUUCAUUCAUGAGGGAUAUCAGGGUAUGGUGGAUGGUGGGGAGAACAUAGUGGAAGCCUCAUGGGAAAGUGUCUCCAGCAUGCUACAAGUGGGCGGGACUGUUAUCGGCAGCGCCCGCUGUAAGGAGUUUCGCACCCACGAGGGCCGCCUGAAGGCCGCCCACAACUUGGUGCAGCAAGGCAUCACCAACCUGUGCGUGAUCGGUGGGGACGGUAGUCUGACAGGCGCCAACCUCUUCAGGGAGGAAUGGAGUGGCCUGCUGACAGAGCUGGUGGAGCAAGGUCUGAUCGAGGCCGACGCCGUCCAGAAGUACUCGGCCCUUCACAUUGUGGGGAUGGUUGGCUCCAUCGACAACGACUUCUGUGGCACCGACAUGACAAUCGGCACCGACUCCGCUCUGCACCGAAUCAUCGAAGUGGUGGACGCCAUUAUGACCACCGCACAGAGUCACCAGAGAACCUUUGUUUUGGAGGUCAUGGGCAGACACUGUGGCUACCUGGCCUUGGUCAGCGCCCUGGCUUGUGGAGCCGACUGGGUUCUGAUCCCUGAGAUGCCCCCAGAGGACGGCUGGGAGGACAAGAUGUGUGAAAAACUGUCUGCGAACCGAGCAGGGAUGAAAAGGCUGAAUAUCAUAAUUGUAGCCGAAGGGGCGAUUGAUCGUAGCAACAGGCCAAUUACCACUGACUACAUCAAGGAUCUCGUGGUCAAAUGCUUGGGUUUCGACACACGAGUGACCAUCCUGGGCCAUGUGCAGAGAGGAGGGACCCCUUCUGCUUUUGACCGCAUCCUGGCCAGUCGAAUGGGUGUGGAGGCUGUCCUUGCACUUCUGGAGACCACAGCUAACACGCCAGCCUGUGUGGUGUCUCUGUGCGGUAACCAAUCAGUGCGCCUGCCUCUGAUGGAGUGUGUACAGAUGACUCAGGAGGUCCAGAGGGCCAUGGACGGGAAGCGGUUUGAGGAGGCUGUGCGGCUGCGGGGCAGGAGUUUUGAAAACAACCUGAGGACGUACAAACUGCUGGCUCAUCGCAAACCAGAAUCCGAACUGCCAGUUAGCAACUUCAACGUGGCGGUGUUGAAUGUCGGUGCCCCCGCGGCGGGCAUGAACGCCGCCGUGCGCUCAGCCGUCAGGGUGGGAAUCUCCGAGGGGCACAAGAUGUUUGCCGUCAGUGAUGGUUUUGAGGGAUUCUACAAAGGACAGAUUAAGGAGAUUAAAUGGGCCGAUGUGGGAGGAUGGACGGGACAAGGAGGAACUCUGCUGGGAACCAAAAGAACACUUCCUGGAAAGCAUGUUGACAAAAUUGCUGAGCAGAUGCGACUGCACAAUAUUAAUGCUCUGCUAAUUGUUGGUGGAUUUGAGGCCUUCCUGUCCCUGCUGGAAUUGUUAACGGCACGCGGGAAAUAUGACGAGUUCUGCGUGCCCAUGGUCAUGGUCCCAGCCACUGUCUCCAACAAUGUGCCGGGCUCAGACCUCAGCAUCGGCGCUGAUACGGCUCUGAACGCCAUCACCGCUGCCUUUGAGAGUCUGCUGCAGCUGUACGAGGCUCGCGCUACCCACGAGGACUUUUGCAUCCCGAUGUGUAUGCUGCCCGCCACCAUAAGUAACAAUGUGCCGGGCACAGAUCUAAGUAUUGGGGCAGACACGGCCCUCAAUGCCAUCGUGGAGACCUGCGACCGCAUCAAGCAGUCAGCCAGCGGCACAAAGAGACGUGUUUUCAUAAUUGAGACCAUGGGAGGCUACUGCGGCUACCUGGCCAGCGUGGGCGGGCUGGCAGCCGGAGCCGAUGCUGCCUACAUAUACGAGGAGCCCUUUGACAUCCGAGACCUGCAGGCCAACGUAGAGCAUUUGACUGAGAAAAUGAAGACCAGCAUCCAAAGAGGACUAGUCCUCAGGAAUGAGAACUGCAAUGAGAACUACACUACAGACUUCAUCUACCAGCUGUACUCUGAAGAAGGGAGGGGUGUGUUUGACUCCAGGAAGAAUGUGCUGGGACACAUGCAGCAGGGAGGCGCGCCGUCUCCGUUCGACCGUAACUUUGGGACCAAAAUCACAGCCAAGGCGAUGCAGUGGGUCAGCAAAAAGCUGGUGGAGACAUACAGGCAGGGCCGAGUGUUCGCUAACACAGAGGACACCUGCUGCCUGCUGGGGAUGCGACGCAGGGCUCUGGUCUUCCAGCCCGUGGUACAACUGAAGGGCGAGACCGACUUUGUUCACAGGAUCCCCAAGGAGCAGUGGUGGUUGAAGCUGCGUCCUCUGAUGAAGAUCUUGGCCAAGUACAAGACGAGCUACGACGUGUCAGACUCCGGUCAGCUGAUGCACGUCGUGCGCAACCGGCAGAAAGAGUCGGACGCUUCGGUGGCCAUCUAAAGGCCAGCGGGUCCUGUUUGUGUGUGUGUGUGUGUGUGUGUGUGUAGGGCAGCGAGGUGUGCGUGCCCCGUAACAAGAGCUUCAGUGUUCAUUUCCUGUCUGUCAUUUCCUGAAUCAUGAACUGUAACGCAGCCUCUGCAGUGCUCCUAAAAUCAAACACACACGUGCAUACACCUGUUUUGCCGUGCAUCUUGUGUGUCCUUGUCGCCCUGAAUGUUUAGUGUCACCGCCAUUUUAAAAUUGCACUUUCUCUCUUUCUGGUUGGGUAGGCAGGCUCUGAGCGCAGAGCUGCACAAGAAUGGAAUAGACACUGUAGUUAUCUGGGGUAAAAACCUGUGAGUGCGUGUGUCUGCCUGCCUGCCCAGACCCAGUGUGAGGUUCAGCAUAUUUAUGUGAUAGAGUUCUACUGCUGCAAUUCAAGGGUGCUGCGCUUUCCUUUGAAACUAAUAUUUAUCUUUUUAACAUUGUUUAUUUUUCUCGUCAACCUGGAUACAUCAUUAUUUGUAGGCAGUGCUGUGCUGGGUAGCUGUCUGUCACAUUGCAUAGAAGUUAUGUGUAAGACUAAUGUUUCCCACAGAAUAAAUAUCUGACUUAAGAAAUGUAA